AUGGCUGCUAAACCCGCGAUUCUCUUUAUUUCAGAGCCUAAUCGGGAAUCGAAUAUAUACAAGACAGCGAUAAAGAAGAACUUCCAGAUAUUUCAUCACCAGUUUGAAUCGAAAGAUCCCGAGUCUUUUCUGCAGUACUUACAUGAUACGUUUGACGAGGAUAAAGCACCACUUACAGCCAUCUACGGGGGGUACCCCUGUUUCAUGCCAAUUGGUGGGCUAACAAGAGAGAUUCUUGAACAUGAGUAUUUCCCAGCAAAUACAUUGAGAUGUAUUACCGUUUGUUCUCGAGGAAUAAAUGGUAUUGAUCUCGAAGCCUUGUCCGAGUUUGAUAUAAAGCUAUUCAACUAUAACGACGACAGUAAAAAUUGUUCUAGCAAUCCUGAAUUGGUCAUGAAACAAGACUUAGUAGGUAACGACGUGGCAGAUUGUGCUCUAUGGCAUGUAAUGGAGGGCUUUCGAAAAUUUUCCUAUCAGCAGCAAUCGCUUCGCGAGCACCCCAAUACGCUCACCAGCCGCUUUCUUCUCACGGGUAAAGAUCCACAGGUACCGCAGUUUGCAUUUGGUCACGAGCUCUCGAAAUGCAUGGUCAAGUCACCUAGAGGCCAGAAAGUUCUAAUUCUUGGAUUAGGUGCCAUUGGAAAGCAGAUCGGACAUAAGUUGCAUCAUGGGCUUGGCAUGGAGGUGCAUUAUACAAAGCGAGCACCAGACACUACAGUGACCUGGCGGUUUCACGACUUUAACGAUUCCUUGUUCGACGAAUUGAAACAGUUUUCGACAAUUAUUGUCGCAUUGCCAGGAACAUCUGAGACAAGGCAUCUGGUGGAUGAUAAAUUUUUGAGCCACUGUUCUGAAGAAUUGAUCCUCGUUAACAUCGGUCGAGGAUUCAUUCUUGAUCAGGUGGCGGUCGACAAAGCACUGAGAGAAAAUAGAUUGCGGCAUUUGGGGAUUGACGUUUUUUACAAUGAGCCAGAUGUGUCGAGAACUCUGGUAGAAGCUGAAGCUAGUGUAACCAUCACACCUCAUAUCGCCAGUAGCACAGAGGAUGUUUUCAACCAAAGUUGCGAUGUUGCACUCAACAAUAUCAUAAAAACAGUACUAGGGCCCCAGAUGAAGCAAGAUUGUAAUUGA